AUCUGUAUAUAUACAUAAUAUGUCUAUAUAGUUGCAUUCUCUUUAGAUAGCGGUCUCACUGAAAGUAGAAAGCUCUACAAGGCCAUUUAUUAUGGCUCAGUUAGUUGGCUCUGAAGAAAUAGAGUCACUGAGAAUCGAGCUAUCAGAAAUAGGAAGAAGUUUAAGAUCAUCUUUUCGUCGUCAUUCAUCUAGUUGGCGUGCUAAUUCAGAAAUAAGUUCUGUGAACAACAAUGAUGAGACAGAAGAUUCUCUUCUUCAAUGGGCUGCAAUCGAUAGAUUGUCAACAUUUGAACGGUUGAGAUCAUCUUUGUUUGAUGAAGAAAAUGGAAAGAAGGUGGUUGACGUCACUAAACUCCUUCCUGCUGAGAGACACAUGUUCAUUGAGAAGCUCAUAAAACACAUUGAGCAUGACAAUCUUCGAUUGUUGCAGAAACUUAGAAAAAGAACAGACAAAGUUGGUGUCCAGUUGCCCUCUGUGGAGGUGAGAUACAAGAAUCUUCACGUAGAAGCAGAGUGUGAAGUAGUUCAUGGCAAGCCCCUCCCAACUCUCUGGAAUUCUUUGCAAAGUUCGCUUUCUGACAUUGUAAUGAUACCUGGUCUGAAGUCUAAACGGGCGAAGCUAACAAUCUUAAAUGAUGUCAGUGGUGUUAUUAAGCCAGGAAGGAUGACUUUGCUUCUUGGUCCUCCGGGGUGUGGAAAAACAACAUUGUUGAAAGCACUCUCUGGAAACUUAGAGAAAAUUCUUAAGAUUAGUGGUGAUAUUUCUUAUAAUGGAUACAAACUAGAAGAAUUUGUUCCCCAGAGAACUGCUGCCUAUAUAAGUCAAAAUGAUUUGCAUAUUCCCGAGAUGACUGUCAGGGAAACACUUGAUUUCUCAUCCCGUUGUCAGGGUACUGGAAGCCGUGCAGAGAUUAUGAUGGAGGUCAACAGAAGGGAGAAAGAAGGAGGGAUUAUUCCAGAUCCAGAUAUAGACACUUUUAUGAAGGCAAUUUCCAUUGAUGGACAAAAGACAACUCUUCAGACAAACUAUAUACUGAAGAUUCUAGGACUUGAUAUUUGUGCUGAUACCAUGUUUGGAGAUGCCAUGAGGAGGGGAAUCUCUGGCGGUCAAAAGAAAAGAUUGACUACAGGGGAGAUGAUUGUUGGUCCCACGAAAGCUUUAUAUAUGGACGAGAUAUCAAAUGGGUUAGACAGCUCGACUACGUAUCAGAUAAUCACUUGUCUUCAGCAGUUGGCACAUAUAACAGAUGCAUCUAUACUCAUUUCACUUCUUCAGCCAUCACCAGAAGCGUUUGAUCUCUUCGAUGACAUUAUGUUAAUGGCAGAAGGUAUGAUUGUGUAUCAUGGUCCCCGCAGUAAUGUUUUAGAGUAUUUUGAGGGUCUUGGUUUUAAGUGCCCCGAGAGAAAAGGCGUAGCUGACUUUCUCCAAGAGGUUGUGUCAAGGAAAGAUCAAGCAACGUAUUGGUGCCGGACUGAAGAAGCGUAUGAUUAUGUCUCUGUUCAAACCUUAUCCAUGAGAUUUAAGGAAUCUUAUUUGGGUAAGCAAAUUGACGAUGAUAUAUCGAAACCCUUCACAAGAUUGCAAAACCAUGAGAAUGCCAUUUCGUUCCAUGUGUAUUCUCUUUCUAAUUGGGAACUUUUUAAAGCUUGUAUGGCUAGAGAGAUUCUUCUCAUGAAAAGAAAUUCUUUUGUUUACAUCUUCAAAACAGUCCAGCUCACCAUAAUUGCAGUAAUCACAAUGACUGUCUUUCUCAGAACAAGAUUGAAGCCUGAUAUCAUUGAUGCAAAUUAUUACCUUGGUUCACUCUUUUAUGCACUUGUACUUCUUCUAGUUGAUGGGUUCCCAGAAGCCGCUAUGACAGUUUCAAGACUUCCGAUUUUCUAUAAACAGAGGGAUAUGUACUUCUACCCCGCAUGGGCAUACGCGAUUCCUGCAUCCAUUCUUAAGAUUCCCCUGUCAUUGUUGGAAGCCACUAUUUGGACAUGUCUCACUUAUUAUGUUAUCGGAUACAGUCCUGAACCAGGGAGGUUCUUCCGCCAGCUAUUGCUACUUUUUGGGGCUCACUUCACUUCAAUAUCCUUGUUCCGGUUCCUCUCAUCGGUGUUUCAAACCGUUGUUGCUUCUACAACUGCAGGCAGUAUAUCAAUAUUAUUUCUGAUGACGUUUGGUGGCUUCAUUUUACCACACCCUUCAAUGCCAGCUUGGAUAAAAUGGGGAUUUUGGUUUUGUCCACUGUCAUAUGGUGAAAUAGGCCUUGCUGUGAAUGAAUUUCUUUCUCCCAGAUGGAACAAGAUGACUUCUACAAACACAACCAUAGGUUUACAAACACUUAAAAGCCGCGGUCUAGACUUUGAAGGUUACUAUUACUGGAUAUGUCUUGGUGCCUUGUAUGGUUUUGCACUGCUAUUCAACAUAGGCUUCAUCUUGGCUUUAAGCUACUUUAAAGCUCCGGGUACUCGUGCCAUUAUUUCCAAGGAAAAGAUAUUUCAAAUAAAUGGAAGUGAAGGAUCUAAACACCAAACUCACAACAAUGAAUCAACUUCCAAUAUUAAUAUCUUAGAGACGAAUGAAGGAAAAAUGGUGUUACCUUUUGAACCACUAACAAUUACCUUUCAAGAUCUACAAUACUAUGUUGAACCCUCACUGGAAAUGAGAGAGCAUGGCUUUACUGGGAAAACACUUCAGUUACUUCAUGACAUCACAGGAGCUUUUAGACCCGGUGUUCUUACAGCAUUAAUGGGUGUAAGUGGUGCUGGAAAAACAACACUUCUUGAUGUUCUUGCUGGAAGGAAAACAAGUGGCGUUGUUGAAGGGGAGAUUAGGAUUGGGGGGUAUCCAAAAGUUCAAGAUACAUUUGCAAGGAUUUCCGGUUACUGUGAACAAACUGAUGUACAUUCUCCUCAAAUUACAGUUGAAGAAUCAGUCAUAUUUUCUGCAUGGCUCCGUCUUCAUCCUGACAUUGAUUCAAAAACUAAAUACAAAUUUGUAAAAGAAAUCUUGGAAACAGUUGAGCUUUAUGCCAUAAAAGAUUCCUUGGUUGGGAUUCCUGGGGUUAGUGGUCUAUCAACAGAGCAGCGUAAGCGGCUCACAAUCGCUGUUGAAGUUGUUGCUAAUCCCUCCAUCAUAUUCAUGGAUGAACCUACAACCGGACUGGAUGCUCGAUCAGCUGCCAUUGUUAUGCGGGCUGUAAAGAAUAUUGUUGAUACAGGAAGAACAAUUGUCUGUACCAUUCACCAACCGAGCAUUGACAUUUUUGAAGCCUUUGACGAGUUAAUCCUAUUGAAAAAUGGUGGACGUAUGAUAUACUGUGGGCCCAUGGGGCACAAUUCAUGCAGGGUGAUUGAAUACUUUGAGAGCAUCUCAGGGGUGCCAAAGAUUAGAGACAACUAUAAUCCAGCAACAUGGAUGCUAGAGGUUACUUCAGCAUCAGUGGAAGCUAAAGUUGGAGUUGAUUUUGGACAAAUUUAUUCUACUUCAACUUUGUAUGAGAACAAUAAACAACUUGUAAGCACAUUAAGUAAACCACCUGCUGAUUCAAAAGACUUAUAUUUUCAAACGCGUUUUCCACAAAAUGGUUGGGGCCAGUUCAAGGCCUGCCUUUGGAAGCAACACUUGUCUUAUUGGAGAAGUCCCUCUUACAACUUGAUGCGUUCCCUGCAUAUGCUCUUUGCCUCGCUUAUUUUCGGGUUACUCUUCUGGAACCAAGGCAGCAACAUACAUAACCAGCAAAGUUUAUUCAAUGUUCUUGGUUCAAUGUUCACUGCUGUAAUUUUCUGUGGCAUAAACAACUCGUCUUCAGCUAUACCAUAUGUUUCCAUGGAGCGGACUGUUCUGUAUCGCGAAAGGUUUUCUGGGAUGUAUGCAUCAUGGGCUUAUGCUCUUGCACAGGUGGCGAUCGAGUUCCCGUAUCUCUUUGCCCAGUCACUUGCAUUUGUGUGCAUCACAUAUCCUAUGAUCGGGUAUUAUUGGUCAGCAUACAAGGUUUUCUGCUACUUCUAUACAUUCUUGUGCACAUUGAUGUACUUCACCUAUCUGGGAAUGCUGCUUGUUGCUAUUACACCAAGCUUUCCUGUAGCUGCCAUUCUACAGUCUGCCUUUUACACGAUAUUUAACUUGUUUGCAGGAUUUUUAAUUCCUAAACCGAAAAUUCCGAAUUGGUGGAUAUGGCUGUACUAUCUAACUCCUACUUCGUGGUCACUUAAUGCAAUGCUUACUUCUCAGUAUGGUGAUGUGAAGACUGAGAUCUUAGUCUUCGGGGAAACGAAAUCUGUUGAAACUUUCUUAAGAGAUUACUUUGGGUAUCAUCAUGACCUAUUACCACUCACCUUUGUUAUCCUUGCAAUAUAUCCUAUUCUUCUUGCUUCUCUGUUUGCAUUGUGCAUAGCAAAACUCAACUUCCAGAGAAGGUAAAUUUUGCAGUCAAACCUUUGUACAUCUUAAGUUGAUUAGAAAUAUGUGUAUCUCUAUACUGUAACAAAGUGAAUAAACUUCACUAUAUUGUCUAUAGUAACAUGAACUUUGAAUGUAUAUGACUAUAUUCAUAUGGUUGGUUUGUUUCCUCAA